AAAGUGUUUCCUGGGGUUUAGUUCUGCCAAACAUAACAAGGAAAAAGCUUUCCUUUAGUACCUCUCCUUGGACAUUUGGGGAAUGAGGUUUGAAAAAGGGACUCCAGGUAAACCAGGGAGCAGCCCCAGGGGUCAGACCCCGGACGAGAGCGGACGUCGCCACAAUGGAAACUCGUCUGUUUCUGACCUGGCCAACUCAGUGACCAGCGACAUGCUCAUGUUGUCUCCAGGCUCCGAGGAGGAUGAUCACGAGGGUCCAGUGUGUGAGAAGCUGGGUCGUAUUCAGUUCAGUGUUGGAUACAGUUUUCAGGAUUCCACCCUCACUGUAAAAAUCCUCAAGGGGCAGGAUUUACCCGCAAAGGACUUUUCCGGCACAUCUGAUCCGUUUGUCAAACUGUACCUUCUGCCAGACAAGAAGCACAAACUGGAGACCAAAGUCAAGAGGAAGAACCUGAACCCCCACUGGAACGAGACCUUCCUGUUUGAAGGGUUCCCCUACGAGAAGGUGGUGCAGAGAACUCUGUACCUGCAGGUCCUCGACUACGACCGCUUCAGCAGGAACGACCCCAUAGGAGAGGUGUCCAUCCCCCUCAACAAGCUGGACCUGGCAAACAUGCAGACUUUCUGGAAGGAGCUGAAACCAUGUAGCGAUGGCAGCGGGAGUCGAGGGGAUCUGCUGGUGUCUCUGUGCUACAACCCCACAGCCAACACCAUCACUGUGAGCAUCAUCAAAGCCCGCAACCUCAAAGCCAUGGACAUCGGAGGCACUUCUGACCCAUAUGUAAAAGUGUGGUUGAUGCACAAGGACAAGCGAGUGGAGAAGAAGAAGACAGUGGUAAUGAAGCGCUGUCUCAACCCCGUCUUCAACGAGUCCUUCCCCUUUGACGUGCCUGCCCACGUGCUGAGGGAGACCACCAUAAUUAUCACCGUCAUGGACAAGGACAGGCUCAGUCGCAAUGAUGUCAUUGGAAAGAUUUAUCUUUCCUGGAAGAGCGGCCCUGCGGAGGUAAAACACUGGAAAGACAUGAUGGGUCGCCCUCGUAAUGCUGUGGCCCAGUGGCACGCUCUGAAGGCCUGAGGAACCAGCGACCCUUCUGCGUACAGGGUUUCCCACCCCAGAAUUCAGCAUCACCCUGCCCUCAGCACAUAUCCCCUCUACCCUCUAACUGCAGUCUUUGGCUGCAGAUAAUAUGUGUCAUCUCUUUGUUCUCAGGCCUCUUUGAUAUCCUCCACCCUCAGUCCUCAUGACACCAUCCUUACAUUUCACCUUUGUCAAGCUCUGAUUCCCACCUGACCCCCCUUUCAUCCCUUAAAUGUCUUUGAUGUCUCCGCUCCUUAUCCUCUCAUUCUUUUUUUUUAAUAGAUGUCUCUCAGUCUGUCCUUCACCUUGUCAAACACGCCUGGUAUUUAACAUCAGCAGCACCUCUUGCCACCCAUGAAUUCAAACUACCAACCAAAAAUGGAUCAAACAGAUGAUCCUCUGUGGUGGCAAGAUGGGCAGCGUUGAAACCUGUGACCUUUAACCUUUUACAUCCAAUGUUACAGCGAGGAAUCUCCAACUCUUCCCUCACUUCUCCACAAAAUCCAAAUGCCUGAACAUUUCAGGAAAUCCAACUCAAGCAAAGGGAGAGAAAGAGGCUGUAUCUAAGAUGAAUCAGACUGGAAUUGGUCUCCGUCAUUCAGCUCAUGUUUGAUGGUUCCCACUUUUCACACUCUCUCUGGCACCGCUGUAAUAAUUCUCCCCUGGCUGGACCCCUUUGUCGUCUGUGCGUGCUGUGGGUGAUGUGCUGUAACCCAAAAUGAAGUUGUUCUACAACAACAAAAAAAAAGGUUUGAACAUGAACACUUAAAGCUGGUCCCGUAGAGCAAGUGUCAAAAAAAUGUUCUCUCUGGAAAAGAAAUUCCAACGAACGGAAAAAGAUUGAAAUAAUAAAUGUUUUUUUUUUUUCCAAAAGAAAACAGAGAAAUAAUCUGUUCUUCCAGACACAGAAAAUAAGCAAAAAGCCAGCUUCCAGCAGUGUGGAAGUGUGGGUUCAUGGCUGUGUGUGUUUGUGUGUGAAUGAGGGAGUAUGUUGGACUUGGACGAAGCUAAACUAGAGAUAGUGUUGAAGCAGCAUUUCCCUUGAUAAUCUAAAGUUAAGGUAUUGUAUUUGUGGUGUUGGGGUUAGCUGGAGACAUGGGGAGGUCACUAAGAUUAUAAGGUCAGUUCACACAAACAACACACACACAUGCACACCUUUGGAGGUAUUGAGGCUGACAGCUUUAUAUGACUGGGGUUUGAGUCCCUGAAUCCACUGCUGCUGUAUGCAAAUACAAAGCAGAUGAAAGGGAUUUCAUUGUGGUGCUAGCUGCAUUUAAAAUAGCUUUUGAAGGAUUCAACUGCAGCUUGUUUUUUUCCAGAAACAAUGCCAUGGUUAAUCAGAUAAUCCACAAACCCCUCAGUGAAUGGUUUUCAUUAUGAAUUCAUUUUGAGCAAAAACAGCUGACAACAACAUCUGGCCUCAACAGCAUCAAUUAUUUGAUCUCUGAAAACAAAAUUUACCUCCAUCGCAUUUCAGAGGUGGAAAAGGUCUCAGCGGCACAUCAAAAAAACAAAGCGUGUGCACAGCGUGAUGUUACCAGAGGCAUUUUUGAUUUCAUGAUAUGAGAAGAUCUUCACUUUAGGUCCCCUCUCUCGCUGUUUACUGCCUUAUAGCUUCCUUCAGUCACAGUCAGUGCUUCUCAGCAGGUGUGACUCAGUUGUGGUUAAGAUCACAUCAAGGUAAACAUUAUGGGACAAAAAAUGACCCUUUGCUGCAGAAGACUAAAAGAUAAUGAAACAGCACAGCACUGCCCCAUGAUAGCUUUCUUUAUUUUCUGCGACAGCGUUCCGAAGAAGGACCUCGACUUUAAAUCUUGCAAUAUUUUGUGACUUUGCUUGACUAAAAAAUGCAUGAAUGCAGAGAGUUAAUCGCUCUUUAAUGGUUACAGAUGGUAACAUGUUCAGAAAAACCAUUGCAGUGAGAUAUCUGAUCACGUUACUGUGGUUCUAACAUGUCUGUGGUAUUACUCCAUGCAGCAUAGACCUUCUUUUUUUCAUUUUGUACUCAAACACUCGGUCCAAGGAUAUUUAUUUGUCGUUUUGUUGUCUUUGAACUUCCAGUUGCUUGCUUCACUGCCUGAAUGUGACCUCCCCUGAGUCCCGUAUAGAUCUGUGCUGACCAGAUGAGUGGAAACAAAUUAGAGUAAUACUUCUUGGUUGGGGGGGUCUUUUUACAUUCCACUGUUUGUUUGGUCUGCUGGAUGUGUGCUCGUGUCUGCAUCUGUAUGUGGGUGUGUGUGUGUGUGUGUGUGUGUGUGUGUGUGUGUGUGUGUGUGUCUGCACUGUGGGUGAGUGUCAGUAUUCAAAGUUUAGUUGGUGUGAUUGUGUUUUUUGUGGGUCUCUGUGUGUAUAUAUCUGCACUGAGUUCUAUUUUGCCAGUUUAAUACAGAACAACAUUGUUUACUGUUUUUAUUCUGUAUGAAAUGAUCCAGAUGUACAAAGAAAUCUGUUUUUUUUAAAGAGCUGUCACUUCUUUAAAAUUCACUGCACUUGUUGACGCCGAUGCUGGAACAAACCUCUCUUAAUAGCAGGGUUAUUUUCCUCAUGAGUGGUUUAAAAGGGUUUUUGGUUUGGGAGGCGAAUCUGUUAUACAUGAGCUGAGACCCAAGGUUAAAGAAAAAACUGUCAGAAACAAGCUUUACACAAACCUUCGAUGAAUCCAGUCUACUAUUUUGCAUAAUACAACAGAUUUUUAGUUCAAACGGAAGCAGCUACCCACAUUUUGUCCUUUCUGUCCUUCUAAUCUAGCCCGAUAUGAUUCACCAAGACCAGAAAAAAAGAAGAAGGGUGGCUCCUUAAAAUCACAGCUGACGUAUCCCCAAAACACCCCCGUUGUGCACACAUGCUUUCUGGCACUAAGUGUUCUGUGUGUGCCUUAUGAACCCAGCCACGCCUCGCUCUUCACCAUAUGCGCUCCCUCCCUCCAAGUGUCAGGGAGGGGGGGAGGGAAAAAAAAGGUGAGACAGGAGGUAAUCAUCACCUCUUUGCAUCACUGUUAGCUACAUCUCAGGUCAGAGCAUCGGAGCGUCCCAAAAUAACCAGGAACACAGUCUGUCCUGACAGCCCUGUGUGUUAAACAAGGCAUUACAUUCCAAAGGCUUAAUGAAAGUCACUUAAAUCAAUGCAGAUUCAGUUGAGGUUGAAUAUUAGUCAGGGGUUUUGUGUGUUUCAGUUUUAAGAAAUCGAGCUAGAAAUGUCCGCCCACACUCCUCACAAGCCAAAUGCCAUAAACUGGUCCAUUUCACCGGACACGCUCGCAUUUCUGAUUUAGGGCAUUCUCUUUUGGGAGGGAAAGCUUGAGACAAAGAGAGGUUUACCAGCAACAUUUUAAUUAAUAUACUGUACAAAUGAUCGUGAAGUGUCCUGUAUGAAAAAAGAAAAAAAGUCAUCAGUAUUUACUGGGGUUGUUGAUAUCUGUCUGUCCUUGGUAUCACUCAGCCCCCUCUCUCACUCCCUCUUCUCUUUGUAGUUACACAUCCGUGAGGUGCACAAUGUGAAAUAUCAACCAUUUAUUUUUUGAAAUCUGUACAGUGUAUAUAUCAAAAAUAUAAAUGUGUAUAUAAAACAA